UUUCCUGUGCGCAGUAACGCCAAGCGUGUGAGUGGAGAGACAUCAAAAGCGCGCGCUGGAGUAACACGAGCUGCACACGCAAGACUCAACUGCAGUCAUAUAAAGUCACUUUGACGAGCUCUUCUCGUGGGUCAGCGCCAGCAGCGACUUUAUAUACCUCCCAUUUACUGAAGUGUGUCCAUACCAGGAGCAAAGAAAGUGGCGUUCGCGCGUCACGACCAGAGGUAAAUUGUAUAUUUUGAGUCUUUUUGACAUUUCAAUUUGGUAGUUUCUUGGCUCUCCCGUCGAUUCUACCAGAGAUAUAACAGUACGCAUGCCACGCGUGUUUGGGUCCGCGUUGGUGAUGCCAUGCCCCGCAACCACAGCGGAGAUGAGGCCGGCUCCGGCCUCUGGAUGAACACCUCUCCGGAGCAGCACGCCGAAAGUUACGGAUUGCAUAAUGUGGAAUGCGGUAAUAGGAUGAAGAACAAUUGUUCACGGCCGGGGGACGGACUGUUGUCCGCAUCUCACGCCGGCACAGGUGCAUCGGCCACGGAAAGAGAGCGGGGGAAGCAGGGCGCUCGGCUGAGUCUGCUCGGGAAGCCUCUGGUGUACGGCGCGCAAAGCGGCCGGAGAAACGCUCGCUACCGGAGGAUUCAGAACUACCUGUACAACGUGCUGGAGAGACCAAGAUCCUGGGCUUUUAUCUACCACGCUUUUGUGUUUGUCCUGGUGUUUGGCUGCUUGGUGCUGUCUGUCUUCUCAACCAUUCCAGAUCACCAGGAAAUGGCCUCUCACAAUCUCCUGAUCUUGGAGUUUGUAAUGAUUGUGGUGUUUGGGCUCGAGUACAUCAUUCGAAUCUGGUCUGCUGGUUGUUGUUGCCGGUACAGAGGAUGGCAGGGACGACUUCGCUUCGCAAGGAAGCCGUUCUGUGUUAUAGACAUUAUAGUGCUGAUUGCCUCUGUUGCGGUGGUUUCGGCUGGGAGUCAAAGCAACAUUUUUGCAACAUCUGCACUGCGAAGCUUGCGGUUCUUACAGAUCCUGCGAAUGGUACGCAUGGACCGCCGUGGAGGAACUUGGAAGCUUCUGGGAUCUGUAGUUUAUGCCCACAGCAAGGAAUUGGUCACUGCCUGGUACAUUGGGUUCCUUGUGCUCAUCUUUUCCUCUUUCCUGGUUUAUCUGGUGGAAAAGGAGUUCAAUAAAGACUUUGCCACCUAUGCGGAUGCAUUGUGGUGGGGCACAAUCACCCUCACUACUAUAGGUUAUGGAGAUAAGACUCCUAAAACCUGGACUGGACGAAUGCUAUCUGCUGGCUUCGCCCUGCUUGGGAUCUCUUUCUUCACUCUGCCUGCGGGUAUUUUGGGUUCAGGUUUUGCCCUGAAGGUUCAAGAACAGCACAGACAGAAGCACUUUGAGAAGAGAAGAAACCCUGCUGCCUGCCUCAUACAGUGUGUGUGGCGUAGCUAUGCGGCUGAUGAGAACUCGGUUUCCGUUGCUACCUGGAAACCUCAUUUGAAGGCGUUGCAUACCUGCAGUCCUACAAAGAAGGAUCAAGGAGAGUCAUCUACAAGUCAGAAACUGAGUUUUAAGGACCGGGUAAGAAUGGCAAGCCCACGUGGACAGAGCAUUAAAAGCAGGCAGACAUCUGUUACAGACAGACGUUCGCCUGGAGCUGAGAUCAGCACUGAUGGAUCGAGUCCUGCCAAGGUCCAGAAGAGUUGGAGUUUUAAUGACCGCACCCGAUUCAGACCCUCCCUCCGUCUCAAGAGCCAAUCACGCUCCACCCCUGAAGGUGAGGCUAACGUUGGUGUUGAUGAGGCUUUUGAUGAGAAAGGGUGUCAUUGUGACAUGUCAGCAGAGGACCUGCCGUCCGCGCUGAAGACCGUCAUCAGAGCAGUGAGGAUCAUGAAAUUCCAUGUGGCGAAGAAGAAUUUUAAGGAAACUCUGCGCCCAUAUGAUGUAAAGGAUGUAAUAGAGCAAUAUUCAGCCGGUCAUCUGGACAUGCUCUGCCGAAUUAAAAGUCUGCAAACCAGGGUGGAUCAGAUUCUUGGUAGGGGCCAGAUGCCUAUGGAUAAGAAGGUCAGAGAAAAGCUGUUAUCUGACGGAGACAUUCUGGAAGACGUGAGCAUGCUUGGAAGGGUGUGUAAGGUAGAAAGACAGGUGAGUUUAGAGACACUCGGUUAAACAGGGUUUUACGUACUCACAUGUCCCACAUGUCACACUGAAUCAAUUCAUCUCAUAUUUCAUUGAAUCUUUGAAUACUGCACAGGUUUUUAGGUGUUUGUUUCUUCAACUAUGGGCAGUUUUAGCGCUGUGGACUUUUAGAAAAUAAAGUCAGUUAAAACACACUUUUCUUACUCCCACUAGUUUAUGGACCAUCUAUGGACAUGACUUUUUUUUUUUUUUUAAGUUAUGUAAAUUGCCACCAGAGUGUCAUUUCUGUUUCUAAAGAUGAAUUGUGUUUAAUAAUAUUAUGGGGUGAAAUUGAUGGUGAUGGAUUUGUUUAACAUUAUUUAAAUAAAAAUGGCCAACGAUAAGGCUAUUUUCAUAGCUUGUAUCUGUCAGGAUUGGACUGUCUUUGUUUUGUUUUGCUGCCCAUGUGCUCCCCGUGACCCAGUUUCUCCCUCAU